UCAAAGUAUCCUUCCCCUACCCUUAUCUCUUCUCAUAAAUUCAAACCUAAGCAAUCAAAAAUCCAAAAAAGAAAAAAAGAAACCCUAGAACGGGGAGAGAUUUCACCAUCCAACAAAUCUCUUCCUUCUUAAUCUUCCCUCCUUCCCCGAAUUCCUUCCACCUAUUAUUCUCACACACACACAAAAUUCCCAAUUUCCCCUCUUUCAAUUUUCCCUAAAAAUCCCCCAAUUUUUCAAUCAUUUCUCCCAAAUUUUCCCCCAAUUCCGAAACCACAAUCCAGAGAAAACAAAAGAUUGAAAAUUGAAAACCUAUUCGCAAAUCGGAAGAAGAAAAAUCCAUUCAAGCUAACCUUGCCGCUCCUGCCGUCAAAUAUCCCAAAUCUUUGUUUCAUGCCCAAUUCCUCCGCCGCAGCCGCCACCAUCCGAUGCCGCUUCUUCCGAAGAGCGAGACAAUCCAGAUCCGGGAGGUUUGGGACUCUAAUCUUGAAGAAGAAUUCGCCCUAAUCCGCGACAUCGUCGAUGACUACCCUUACGUGGCAAUGGACACAGAGUUCCCCGGAAUCGUUCUCCGCCCCGUCGGAAACUUCAAGAACAGCCACGACUACCAUUACCAAACCCUAAAGGACAACGUGGACAUGCUCAAACUCAUCCAAUUAGGUCUCACAUUCUCCGAUGAAUUCGGCAACCUUCCCGCCACCGAUGCCUCCGGCGAAGACCAGCGCAGCUGCAUAUGGCAGUUCAACUUCCGGGAAUUCAACGUCAACGAGGACGUUUUCGCGAACGACUCAAUCGAGCUUCUUCGCCAGAGCGGAAUCGAUUUCAGCAAGAACAACCGAGACGGCAUUGACGCUCGUCGUUUCGGUGAGCUUCUAAUGUCUUCUGGAAUAGUCCUAAACGACGCCAUUCACUGGGUUACGUUCCACAGCGGUUACGAUUUCGGUUACCUCUUGAAGCUUCUCACGUGCCAGAACCUUCCAGAAACACAAGCUGGUUUCUUUAAUUUGAUCAACAUGUAUUUCCCUAGGGUUUAUGAUAUUAAGCAUUUGAUGAAGUUUUGCAAUUCAUUGCACGGUGGUUUGAAUAAGCUUGCGGAGUUGUUGGAGGUUGAGAGGGUUGGGAUUUGCCACCAGGCCGGUUCCGAUAGCUUGCUUACGUCAAGCACUUUUCUGAAGCUGAAGGAGAAUUUCUUCAGUGGGUCGCUGGAGAAGUAUGCCGGUGUUUUGUUUGGGUUGGGCAACGACGGCGGCAGUGGCGGUUAUAGCUCUAAUUCUUAUGUUCAUUGAGAGGGAUUAGGAAGAAAAAAAAAUUGAAAAAUUUAAGAAAAGAAGGAAAUGGAAGAGUGAGAGAUUAAGGUUAGAGUGAGGUAAAGAAGAAAAGAGGGAAUGUGAAAGGAAAAGUGUUAAGAAUCAAGGUUAAGGUUUAGAGAAGAUGUUAAUUUUUGUUUGUGAUUGAGGAUAUGUGUGUAUAUGUUACUACUUCCAACAACUUAACAUCUUGUGUUGUAGAAAAACUUUUGCAAUUAAUAAGUGGUGUUGUUAUGGAUAUAUA